AUACAGAGAGAAACAGAUUAUUAAGAUAAUUAAGUAUAAUGAAUAGAUGUAUUAAAUUCCAUAACCAAAAGGCACUGAAAAACAAAGAAAACUCUUCCACACUCCAACACAUACAGUGCAGACGUACAAAUACACAUAUAUAUACAAUUACAAAGUUAAAACACAAAUUCCCAAAUAAAGGUUCUACUUCCUGUCAUCUGACUCACAACUGCAGUUCAUCGAUAUACAGCGCUAGUCAUACUAUAAUAGCAGUUUUAACACCAGAAUGCUACACCAGGAUGAACAUCUCUGAUCUUAUAUUAUAGAAACAAUGGAUUAAACAAUGAAGGUGCUGAUAAAUUCAAGGAUCAAUGAUGAUCGCAACAAUGACUAUGUACACACUAAUGUUGUUCAUUGCAUACACAAAGCUGCCAGUUGUUAUUUCUGCAAAUAUUGUUUACCAUAUCAACGAAGAAGAGAGUCCUCAUGCCUAUAUAGGAGACAUUGCUGUUGAUUCUAACUUGUCACGUUCUCUCACACAUCAGCAACACGCUCUUGUUACGUUUACACAACUGCAAAGGAAAGUGUCAAGUGGCUCUCACUUAUUCAAUGUGACCAACACAGGAAAACUAUACACUACUCAGACACUGGAUGCUGAGUCCCUGUGUAUUUACAUGAAAGAAUGUUUUAAAAUUGUCAAAGUAGCAGUGAGGAAAGCAGUAAUAUUUAUUAAAAUAUUAACGAUAAAAAUCAUUAUAGAAGAUAUUAAUGAUCAUCAACCACAGUUUCCAGAAGAUCAAAUAAAAUUAGAAUUUGAUGAAACUGAGGGAAAAGGUUCAACAAAAUCAAUACCAAAUGCUGUUGAUAAAGACAUUGGUCUUCUCAAUUCUAACAUCACAUAUAAACUGAAAGAUAAAAGUAAGAAAUUCUCACUAUCCACAUUUAAAGGAUUUGAUGGAGUAAACUUACUUAAAAUAACCCUAGAAGGAAUGUUAGACAGAGAAUUAAAAGACACUUAUAAGUUACAGUUGGUGGCUAAAGACAGAGGCUCUCCAACAAAAGAAGGUAUAUUGAACAUAGAAAUAUCUGUUAUAGAUGUUAAUGAUAAUCAGCCACAGUUUCCCCAACAAAUAUACAAUAUCUCUAUUAGUGAUACACAUCACAUAUCUACUCCAAUUUUUAUCUUAUCAGCUACAGACUUAGACUCAGGUAAAAAUGGAGAUAUUACAUAUAACUUCUAUCAAAGGGCAAGUUCUUAUGCUGAAAAAAAUUUUAAAUUAACGUCAAAUGGAGAAAUUUUCCUAAACGAGAACUUUUAUAAAGAUAGGGGACAAAUUUAUAAACUAUAUAUUCAAGCCAUGGAUAGAGGAAGACCUCCCUUAAGUUCGACAGCAAUGUUGAUUAUUAAUGUAAUUAACAAUCAAAAUAAUGCCCCAAAUAUAAACAUAGAUUUUGUAGCUCCUCUAACAGAGACCUCUACAACUAUUUCAGAAGCAAGUCAAAUUGGGAGUUUUAUAGCUUACGUUAUGGUCAUUGACACUGAUAGUGGACCUAAUGGACAAAUAAAAUGUAAUAUUCAUCAUAAAAUGUUCCGGCUUUCUAAUAUGGGUUCUAAAGAAUAUAAAAUAUUGGUGAAAGAACCUCUUGACAGAGAAACUAUAGACCAUUAUGUUGUUUCUAUUGUAUGUCAUGACAUGGGAUCACCUCCAUUAAAGACUAAGAAACAGUUCUCUGUCAAAGUAACUGAUGUCAAUGAUGUAGAACCACAUUUUACCAAAGAGACAUUCCAAUUCCUCACCUAUGAAAACCAGAAAGUUGACUUCCCUAUUGGCUUCAUCAAUGCUACAGACCCAGAUCUGGGAGAUGGAGGCCAACUUACAUAUUCUAUCAUCAAUGAUAACAACAAUGAUAACAUUCCUUUCCAACUGACAAAAUAUGGAUUUAUUUCUACAUCACAACCAAUAGAUCGAGAAGUGAAAGACAUCUAUAAUUUACAGGUUUUAGUCAAAGACAAUGGAACGCCCUCUUUGAAUAACACUGCCAACAUUCUUAUAGAGAUUCUAGAUAAAAAUGACAAUGCACCUUAUUUUAUCUUUCCUAAUAAUGACCCUUACAAUCUCGAUGUCCACUACCAUCCACACAGUAAGAAGGACAUCACAAUUCUGAAAGCAUCUGACAAAGACACUGGAAACAAUGCUUUCCUCACAUAUGGAAUACUGAGAUCCAAUGAUAAAAACCUGUUUACAGUGAACUCACACACUGGUGUGUUAUCUUUCUCUCGCACAGUCUACCAAAAUGAUGCAGGAACAUAUGAGCUGCAGUUUAUAGUGAAAGACGGUGGUACUCCAGUUCAAUCAGCAACAACUGCUAUCAUACUAACACUGUUUGUUAGUAAUGAUACAUCUCCAAUGUUGAAUGCUAUCCACUCACAGUCUGAUAACAACCUGAAUAUGACUUGGAUAAUUAUCAUUGUAGCAGCAGCUGUAAUACUAUCUGUGGCUGUUGUAGUGUCAAUAACAAUGUGUGUUUUCAAAUGUAUUAAUCACUUCAAUAAUUCAUCUGCAGAAAAAGAUAAUCCAAAAUUUCUCUCAAGGACCGAAAUGAGACAAAUCUUGUAUCAGACUAACAAUCCUGUUGCAAUAACAAGAAAUGCAGAAGAUAUAUUUGCCAGAAAUCUUCAAGCAAUAAAUCCCAAAAGUCCUUAUUAUACAGAGACAGAACAACCAAUAAAUGAAUGGAAAUUCUCAACAACACCCAGGAGGCUACCACCUACUCCUCAGAUCUAUAAUAAGCAAGUUUCUGAUGGGUCAUGUGAACAAGGCGACAAUAAUAGUAUUGUGACAUCAAACAAUCUAAGUGACACAUUACCAUCUCAAAAGGAUCGCAACCGUGGAUGGAAUGAAGGAGAUAUUUCACAUCAAACUUCAAUAAUAUCAGAAUACAGUAACUACACACCAAACAUACCUCCUACACCAAAGAGUGAUCAUGAACAAGAUACAUAUCUAGAACCUGUAUAUAAGAAAUAGCAAACUCAAAAUUAGCCAAAUUUUGAUUCUUUAUCAUAGAAAUUAUUAAUUUACAUUGAGAUGUAACAUCAAACAUUACUAAUAGUAGUAUUAAGAUAAUUAUAAUUUACCAUCAAACAUGAUAUAAAUGAAUUCAUCAAACUUUAUAUAUCAAAAAUAUCUAUUUGCAGUUAUUUACAUGGAGACUAUGCCUUAGCUGUAAAGUGAAUGAAAUCAUUAUAAUUCUAAAUGCUCACAAAUAUUUCAUAGAUCCUUUUUAAGGCCAUUUUUAUACAAUGGGUGUACUUGUAUAGAUAAUUACUAUAAGAAAUAUGUUCUGCUAUAUUUCUUUCAUACUUUAACGCCCUUCUCUCCUAGCAUAAAGCUACCUUUCUGGGGGAACAUAGUCUUGCAAGAUAAAUGCUGAGCUCUUUGGUGCUGGUGGCAUGAAAAAAAGCACCCAAUAAAUGUU